AUGGAGCAGACCAAGUCCCAAACUCCUCCCCGCGACCAGGAAACUGUCAAGAGCGACCCCAGCGCCUCUCCGCUAACCUUGCGUCGAUCCGGCCGCGCGCGCAAGAGACCCGCGGACAGCAGCAGCAGCAACAAUACCAACGCCGACGCCGACACCAACAGCGUCACUAGGAGAAACCCUAAGAGAAGGGCUACUCCGGAGGCAUUCGAUGUCCCGGAGAACCUUCUCGAGGCAUCCCUAGGCCCGUGGCAGGAGGGUGAGCCAGCCGAGUGGAAUAGCUGGAUCGAGCUAGAAUCCGAUCCUGCCUUUUUCACGGAAAUCAUGAAACGAAUCGGUGUCAAGGGAGCAAAGAUAGAGGAAGUGCUCUCGGUCGAUGAGUUCAAUCUGGCCACCCUGCCAGAGCCGGUCCACGGCCUGGUAUUCCUCUACGAGUACGUCUCGGAGGAUAGCGAGGAAGAGGACGAUGGUGGUGAGCAGGGUGUCUGGUUCGCCAACCAGACCACGCAUAAUGCCUGCGCCACCAUCGCCCUCCUCAACAUCAUCAUGAACGCGGAAGGCAUCAGCCUCGACGAGAGGCUCCGCAAGUUCAAGGAGGCGACCCGGGAGCUGUCCCCGCCCCUCAGGGGCAACAUGAUCAACAACAGCGAGUGGAUCCGAGUUGCUCACAACUCCUUUGCCCGACGCCUCGACCUUCUCGAUGCCGCCCUCGGUCUCCAAAACGAGGUUGACCGCAAGAAGAAACGGGGUAAAGCGGCGGCCCAAAACAAAAGGGCCAGGGCCAAGCAGGGUUCGGCCAAGCCAAAGGUCCGCCGGCCGUCCGAUGGGCCGUCGGCCUACCAUUUCAUCGCGUUUGUCCCCGUCGGGAACCAGGUGUGGCAGCUGGAUGGGCUGUCGUCUUCGUCGCCUGUCUGCAUCGGCGAAUUCACCAAGGACAAGCACUGGACCUCCGUCAUGUGUCCGGUCCUCCAGGACCGUAUGAUGCGGUACGAGACUGAGCAGCUGUCCUUCAGCUUGCUCGCCCUCUGCGGCGAUGGGCUCGGCAAGGUGCGGCGCCGGCUUGCUGCCAACGUCCGUGGUCUGGUCGACCUGGAGGGCCGGUUUGGCAGCGUCAGUGACAGCAAAACUAACGGGAAUGGAACCCACGAGGGCGAGGAGGGCGGAGACAAGAGCAAGGACAAGGACAAGGACCGCGAGGAGAAGGAGGAGGACCAGGGACAAGACUGGUGGCGGGAGCGUACCGACCGCACCGACGUCAUCCACACCGCGGACGACGAGCGUCUAUCGAGCUUCCAGCUCGACGUCGACGACAUUCUCGCCGUGGAGGUGGGCACUGGCGUCGGUGUCGAGGCCGCUUCGCCGUCUUCGUCUUCGUCUUCCCCUUCUCCCCCUUUUACUUCUCCCCCCGUUCCCGACGAUGCCAACGCGGCUGUCGAGUUGUGGGACCGUCUCUGUGCCGAGCAGGCGAAGCUUCGGACCGAGUAUGAGGCCGAGCAGGCGCUGGGAGGGCUGGGGCCGGAGGCGCUGCUCGGACGCACCAAGGACUACACGCCUGCGGUGCACGAGUGGGUGCGUCGACUGGCGGAGAAGGGGGCGUUGAGGGAGUUGGUGGAUAAAGUCCACUGCUGGCCUGCUACUGGCUGCGCCGUCACUGGCCAGGGCCAACCAACAACCGCCCAAGACAGGGUAUUUGCGACCGCGUCCACCGCGAAUGGCGCGGCUACCAAAGAUAGCGGCCCUACCAAUCUGCCGACAUCCGACAAGCAGAAGAUCCUGCUCUCCGCCGACGUCGGCCACUUCUCGCUCAUCCGCGCGCUGCACCUGGCCGAUUUCAUUACCGAGAUGAAUGGUCUCUGCGGCGUCCUCUCCCUCUUCUCCUCGAUGCGCUACUGCCUCGGCGACCCGUCAGAGCACAACAACCUCUGGCUGGCCCUUUUCUUCCUGCCCUUCGGCCUCUUCUUUGACUUUCUCGACGGCAGGGUUGCGCGCUGGCGCAAGAAGAGCAGUAUGAUGGGACAGGAGCUCGAUUCGCUCGCCGAUCUGAUCUCCUUCGGCGUCGCCCCCUCAGCCAUAGCCUUCGCCAUCGGCAUCCGCACCCCCGCCGACAACCUCGCGCUCGCCUUCUUCGUCCUCUGCGGUCUAACCCGUCUCGCCCGCUUCAACGUGACCGCCGCGGCGCUCCCCAAAGACGCAAGCGGCAAAGCGCGCUACUUCGAGGGCACGCCCAUCCCGACUACCCUCGGCCUCGACGCGCUGAUGGCCUGGUGGAUCUCCCGCGGCUGGGUGCAUGACUCUCUGCCUGGUGGUGUGUGGCUGGAGGGGACUGCGCUAGAGGUGCACCCUGUUGUGUUGCUGUUUGUGGUGCAUGGGUGUUUGAUGACGAGCCGGACUAUUCAUAUCCCGAAGCCGUAA